AUGUUCAAAGAAGCAAGUAACAAGAUUGUAAAAUCAGCACAAGAACUGGACCUAGAAGUGGAUCAGAAUGAUGUGGAGGAGUUGACUGAGUCUUAUGGAGAACAACUGUUGAAUGAGGGUCUGAUUGAGUUGUUACUUGGAAAGAUCUUAGAAAAAGAAAUGGAAGCUUCGGAAUCAAAGUCAAAGCAUAAAAUGUUCACAGUUUCAGGUCUGACAGAUGAAAAAGUGAAGGCCUAUCUUUCUCUUCACCCCCAGGUACUCGAUGAAUUUGUUUCUGAAAGUGUAAGUGCCGAGACAGUUGAAAAAUGGCUGAAGAGGAAAACCAACAAACAGGAAGAUGAAGGAAUUUGUAAUGAAAUCACCCGGUACCGGGAUACAAAUAUGCAAGGCGUUGUAUAUGAACUAAACAGCUAUAUAGAACAACGGUUGGAUACAGGAGGAGACAACCAGCUGCUGCUCUAUGAAUUGAGUAGACUCAUCAAAAUAGCCACAAAAGCAGAUGGAUUUGCACUGUAUUUCUUGGGAGACUGCAAUAAUAGUCUAUGUAUGUUCACACCACCUGGAGUAAAGGAAGGAAAACCACGACUAAUCCCAGCUGGGCCAAUUACCCAUGGUACAACAAUAUCUGCUUAUGUAGCCAAAUCGAGGAAAACAAUGCUAGUGGAAGAUAUCCUUGGGGAUGAACGAUUUCCCAAAGGUAUUGGAUUGGAAUUAGGGACACGUGUCCAGUCUGUUCUUUGUUUACCAAUUGUCACUGCAAUUGGUGACCUCAUUGGUAUCCUUGAACUGUAUCGGAAUUGGGGCAAAGAAGCUUUCCAUAUCUGUCACCAAGAGGUUGCAACAGCGAAUCUUGCCUGGGCCUCAGUAGCAAUACAUCAAGUCCAAGUAUGCAGAGGCCUUGCCAAACAGACUGAAUUGAAUGACUUCCUACUUGAUGUAUCAAAAACCUAUUUUGAUAACAUAGUCGCAAUAGAUUCUCUACUUGAACACAUAAUGAUAUAUGCAAAAAACUUGGUGAAUGCAGAUCGUUGUGCACUUUUCCAGGUAGACCAUAAGAACAAAGAAUUAUAUUCAGACCUUUUUGAUAUUGGGGAGGAAAAUGAAGGGAAGCCUGUCUUUAAGAAGACCAAAGAAAUAAGAUUUUCAAUUGAUAAAGGAAUAGCUGGUCAGGUGGCUAGAACAGGAGAGGUCCUUAACAUCCCAGAUGCCUAUGCGGACCCACGCUUUAACAGGGAAGUAGACCUAUACACGGGUUAUACCACACGGAAUAUUUUGUGUAUGCCUAUUGUGAGUCGAGGGAGUGUUAUUGGUGUUGUGCAGAUGGUGAACAAAAUAAGUGGAAGUGCCUUCUCCAAAACAGAUGAAAACAACUUUAAAAUGUUUGCAGUCUUUUGUGCUUUAGCCUUACACUGUGCUAAUAUGUAUCAAAGAAUUCGCCAUUCAGAGUGCAUUUACCGAGUAACCAUGGAAAAGCUUUCCUAUCAUAGCAUAUGUACUUCAGAAGAAUGGCAAAACCUCAUGCAGUUCACAGUCCCAGCAAGCCUCCACAAAGAAAUCGAAUUAUACCAUUUCGAUAUUAGUCCUUUUGAGGAAAUGUGGCCUGCCAUUUUUGUCUACAUGAUACAUCAGUCCUGUGGGACAGCCUGCUUUGACUAUGAAAAGUUAUGUCGUUUUAUUAUGUCCGUUAAGAAAAACUAUCGACGAGUUCCUUAUCACAACUGGAAACAUGCAGUUACUGUGGCACAUUGCAUGUAUGCCAUACUUCAGAAUAAUCAAGGGCUUUUUACAGAUCUGGAGCGAAAAGGACUUCUGAUCGCAUGCCUGUGUCAUGACCUGGACCACCGGGGAUUCAGUAAUAGCUACCUUCAGAAGUUUGAUCACCCUUUGGCAGCUCUGUACUCCACUUCAACCAUGGAGCAGCACCACUUUUCACAGACAGUAUCUCUCCUACAGCUGGAAGGGCACAAUAUCUUCUCCUCUCUGAGCUCCAGUGAAUAUGAGCAGGUGCUGGAGAUCAUCCGCAAAGCCAUCAUCGCCACAGACCUUGCUCUGUACUUUGGGAACAGAAAGCAGUUGGAGGAGAUGUACCAGACAGGAUCGCUAAACCUUAAUAAUCAAGCACAUAGAGACCGGGUAAUUGGUCUAAUGAUGACUGCUUGUGACCUUUGUUCUGUAACAAAGCUGUGGCCAGUUACAAGAUUGACAGCUAAUGACAUAUAUGCAGAGUUCUGGGCUGAGGGUGAUGAAAUGAAGAAAUUUGGAAUCCAGCCUAUCCCUAUGAUGGACAGAGACAAAAAGGAUGAAGUCCCUCAAGGCCAACUUGGCUUCUAUAAUGCUGUAGCAAUUCCCUGCUAUACUACCCUUAUGGAGAUCUUCCCUCCUACUGGACCACUGCUCCGGGCUUGCAGGGAUAAUCUUGGCCAAUGGGAGAAAAUAAUUAGAGGAGAGGAAAGUCUUAUAUGGCUUCCAAACCAGACAGGAGCUCCAGAGACCUCUUGCUCAGUGUCUUUGAAGAUUGAUCAACAGUGAUUAUUAGUUUUCACCUGAAGGCUUCAUCCUCAUCCCUCUCUUUUUUAUAUUAUUUUAUUUUGUGGAGGGAGAGUGAAACAGAAAAAAGCCACACCUGCUAACUGGGACACAAACCUUUCCAAGGAAGGUAACAUCAAGGAGAUAUCUCAACUGGAUGACUACCUGCCAGUCUCAUCUGUGAUAUACUGUAAACAGUGAGAACUAGGACUACUUAUGUUUUGGGAUCAGCUGUCCAAGCGAACUCCAUAUGACUUGCAAAGUGGCCUUUUCUCAUAGGCUUUUGCUGAAGCCUUAAUUUAAAACUGAAGAAACUUUUACCAUGGGGGUACUUUUUAAGUUGUAGCUUUCUAGAGAAGGUUUAAAAUGGUACUUUUACUGUAUUGUUCUUUGGCAGGCUUUCACAACAAUGUUGCUUGGAAGUUCUUGGUUAUAAAUAGGAAUUUUUACACGUUACUAUGGUGAAUGUUUAUGUGUGAUCUACUUAGAAUCAGUUUGACCUCUAGUAGGAAACCUCAGCACUACAAAUGUCAUUGAGGCUGCAGUACGUGGAGUUUCCUUCUGCAAUCAGGAGUGGGAGAAAAUCACUUUCCAGGUUCAGAGCUCCAAAACCUGUUUUAGUCAGUGAUUCCAAGUAACUGUUCCAUGCUAGGAGUUGCAGGUUAGGAGAGCUUACUUUAAGAGAUCGUCCACUUUCUUUUUUCUAAAUACCAAAACUUAGAUAAAACCUUGAACAAAGUCUCAUUCAUAGCAAACCAAGGAACGAUUUAUUUUUCCUUUUUUAAAAGUUGCACAAGAAAAUCAGUUCAUCUGGCCUUCUCACUUGAAGAUUAAAAUUUAAUGGGUGCAGCUGUAUUGAGAACAGUAAAAAGAAGGAAAGGGUAUAAUUUCCUACCAAAUAGCCCUGUUGAUCACAAAUGUAUUCUCUUUUGUACUGAAUUUUUUUUACAACCAAUGUCACAAAUGUCCAUUUUCAGACACAUAUCCCAAAUGAAAAAAAUACUCAU